AUGCCAUCGCUUUUCUCUUUCUUGUGUGCAAAGGAACGUGUUGAUGGCGGUGCACAGCAGAUAAUCAAGUAUAAUUGUAUCGACCUCGAUCUGGAUGUCUGGAUCUACCUUGUGGUCUUCCAUGUGGCCCUAUCUGACUUGGUUGAUCGCGCCCAUUACGCGCCAUCGAGGCCAUACUCCGACUCGCCGCAACCUAUCGGGCAUGGAGCGACGAUUUCGGCACCACAUAUGCAUGGCCAUGCUUGCGAAUACUUGGUUGACUUCCUCAAGCCGGGAUCCCGGGUGUUGGAUAUCGGCUCGGGAUCCGGGUAUUUGACACAUGUCCUCGCCAAUCUUGUUAUAGACACGUCUACCAGUGGUGCCAGUGGUCAGGUUAUCGGAGUGGAUCAUAUCCCGGAACUCGUUGACCUGGCCAGGGCGAACAUGAGCAAGUCAGAGCAGGGCCGCACUCUCCUAGAAUCCGGAAAAGUGAAAUUCAUUACCGCCGAUGGUCGGCUGGGCUGGAGGGAAGGGGCUCCUUACGACGCAAUCCACGUGGGCGCAGCGGCAGACAAGCUACAUCCCGUGCUCAUUGAGCAGUUACAUGCCCCAGGACGCUUGUUCAUACCCGUUGAUGUGGAAAAUGACGGUAGCUCCAUAAGUAGCAUUGGACUCGGUGGUGGACAGUAUAUAUGGGUUGUUGAUAAGAAAGAGGAUGGCUCUGUUCACAAGGAAAAGAUUUUCCAGGUUAGCUAUGUGCCAUUGACGGAUGCACCGAAGCGAUAA